AUGUCUGAUGAGUCGGGACUGCGUUUGCCUCGAGUGGGCGCCGCAGCGGCAGGGGCAAAGGGGGCAAGGGCGGUGGCGGUGACGGCGGGGGAGGCGACGGUGGGGGCGGUGGCGGCGGUGGGGGUGGUGGCGCGACUGGAGGGGCUAGUGGCAGCGGUGGGGGUGGUGGCGGCAGCGACGGGGGAGGUGGCAGGGGCGGAGGCGGUGGUGGGGGUGGCGGUGGACGCGGCGGCGGCAGGGGUUGGGGUGGUCGAGGAGGUGGCGGCGGCGGCGGUGGUCGUGGAGGUGCUGGCGGUGGCCAAGGCCAGCAGCACACUCCGUGCUGCUGCGUAG